UUGGUAAACGGUUACUCUAAAUUAGUCAACGCGAAGUGCUGUAUCGCCGCCAUUCGAAAAAAGAAAACUUUAAUCCAGGAAAAGCGCGUAGAAAAUCGCAAUAAAUACUCACCCAAAAACUUUAUUAAAGUCUUCGAUUCCCCGGCAAAUAAAAGCUGCAGCUCAAAGAGCUGAAUUUAAAGCGACAAAAAACUCGACCGGCAUUUCGCAUUUGCGGCAAAAAGUUGCAUCAGUGUGGGUGUGCGUUCCGUUCGAUCCAGCAGCCAAAACGAGAGGGAGAAAGCUUUUAAAAUCGAGGUGUUAAUUGCUUAAGAGGCUGACUAACCCGCCGCCUCCCCUGUGGCCUUGAACUCAACAGUUUUGGCUGCUUGCCGUCCACACAGGCACACAAACAACAACUACACGGGCAACUGCGACGCCACACACACACACGCGCAAAAGCCGCUUCCACUGACCGACUGACUGUUAUAUAGCAGAGCGAAAGAGAGGCAAGAACGCUUGAACCGAGAAAGCCAUGGCCGAGCCAAGGACGCCCGAGAAGCUGUUGACGGCCAAGCCGCCGGUGUUCCACCACAACAGCCACAGCCCCAAUGCCUCACUGCAGCUGCCCAGUCCCAUCAUCACGCGGCGUACACGCACGGCCUCGACCUCCGCUCGGGCCCUGGAAAAUCCGGUGGUAACCGGAAUUGUGAAAUCCUUCAGCCGAAGCAAGGGACACGGCUUCAUUACACCCAGCGGCGGUGGCGAGGACGUAUUCUGCCAUGUUUCAGACAUCGAAGGUGAAUAUGUACCCAUGCCCGGGGACGAGGUCAAAUACCGUCUGUGCGCCAUUCCACCCAAAUACGAGAAACACCAGGCGGUGCAUGUGCAGAUUAGCAACCUAACGCCCGAGGUGCACCACAAGUGGGAGGAGCCGGUCUUUGGCUCAUCCCCCGCCAAGUAAAGCAGGAGCAGGAGCGGGAACGAGGGAAAGGGAGCGGAAAAGCGAGCAGUUAAAAGCUAAACGGCCUUCCACGAAAUUUAAUUGAACUGGAGCACGCCACCCGGGAGCAAGCGAGAAAUGGAAGGAAAACAGAGAACGAAACACUAACCAUGAAAGUAAACGAAAGCAGCCGCCAGGAAAGCCAGCCAGCCAGCCGACCAGUACAGAGAUCGUAAUACAAUAUAGAAUAACAGGCCUGCCAUCCAGCCAGCCAACAGCAGCAACAGCAUCAGAGUUUCAAUUGAACACUUAAUUAGAAUUUAAGCUAAGCUAUGGAAACAAAAUGGUCACAAACAUUGCCUUCUUCCCUCUGGAAGAGCGAACCGAAACCAGUUUCGAGUCUAUAUUAUUGAAAACGUAUGUAUUUGGAAAUUGAAAUUGUUAUUCGAGAUGCCGGCCAGCAUCCAGCAUGCCCGCCUGCGGUUCUGCGUGUAUGUGUGGAGCCUGUAUCAGUAAUUACUUUUAAUUAUAAUUGAAACAUCUGAAUGUGUUCGCCCAGCAAGCAAGUAAAAUGCUCUCAGUAAUUCACUUUAUUAUUAAAACAAAAGCUGCAAAACAA